AUGCGUACUCAGCAGCUCCUCGCUUUCAGUGGUCUCAUGCUUGCCAGCAACGUCGCUGUUGCCUCUAAGCUGGACCACGACGAUGUUCCCAACCGCUGCUGGAAUGUCUGCGGCGAUGUCGUCGGUAUCUCCAAGAGCUGUGAUGCCCGAUACGACAAUGAUUCGGCUGAGAUCAAGUGCAUCUGCGAUUGGGAGAAGGCUAAAACCCAAAUCCCUCUCUGCUCGGCCUGCAUUACCCAGUAUCAAACCGACAGGCGCAACAACGGGACCAACACCAACGACAAUGACCAUGACCAUGACCACGACAAUGAUGAUGAUGACCAUGACGACGACGACGACGAUAACGAGGCUCUUGAUCUCGUCCACUCGUGCUCGCUGACCACGACCACCUACAACUCUGCCGCUACCACUGCAAGUGGCUCGUCUACUAGCACCGGUACUGGCACUGCCGCAUCUGCAUCUGCAACCACCACGGACAGUUCCAGCCCCAGCGGAACGAGCAGCCAGGACUCAACCACCUCUUCCGGAUCGGGAUCGGCUGCGGGCUCCGCUUCUUCCUCUACCUCCACCCCUGGUGCUGCGGUUGACUUGGCAGCCCCGGGUGCCAUUUACAUGACUGGUAUCAUGGGGUUGAUGGCCUUUGCGUGGCUGUGA